AUGUCUGAGCACCAAAACAGAACAACAAACAGAACCGUGGACGCCAAGUACCGCAAAAGACGCCUUGUCAAGAAACCCGGCUCGACGUCAAAAACCAAGUUUCUUGUCUGGUUGAGCGGCCACUCCGUGUGUGUCCUUUUUGGAACCAUCACCUUGUUUUUCCAGGCCUUGUGGCUUCCUAACGUCUACUACAUCAACUCCAUCGCCUACAGACUCUGUCUUUUGGGUGCCACCACGGCGUUUUUGGCCACCUUGUCCCACAAGUUCGGUCUCCACUACUUGCCACCAAUCACUACGCUUUUGGCUCAGCACAACUUCCAGUACCUCAACUUGGCCAUCAUGUACUCCUUCACCUUCAAGUCCGUGUUCAAGAUCGUGCCUUUGUACUUGAUUUCCAUCUUGCAGUUGUGUGAACACUUCAAGGUGGGUGCUGUGCAGAAACACGCCGAUUCCAUUGCGUCGAUUAUCGGUUUCGACGAGAUCUUCUUGAUCUUCUACCUUUUCGUCAGAACCUUGGCCUUCAGGUCCACCUCUGGCUACCAGUUGGCCAUCCUUUUGAUGUUCUUGUGGUUGCGUAUUUUGUUCGACCCCGACACCGCCAAGAUGUUCUCGUAUGUCGUGGACAAGGCCGACGCCAAGGUAUCCAACAUCAAGCACGAGAAGGUCAACAAGGUGUGGACCAAGAUCAAGCGUUUCCUUGAAGAGAAGCAGUCCUCGAACUUCAUUUGA